AUGCCCGUCGUGGGAGUCGGUGCCCGUGAAAUGGUGGCUCCGGACCCCGUGACUCGCUUGCGGUCAAAUUUGCGAGUGAUGGUGCAAAGUCUCGAACGUAUCUGCCUGUGCUUCAUCAGAGAGUUUGGCCCCAGCGAGGAAGAAGACGGGCCGGCGCCCCACGCAGCUCCGCCCAUGUCGCGUCGCUUGCCCGAUGACGGCGUUCCUUUGUGCCCGUUAAUGCCAACGCAGAUCCAGUCGGCCUCCUCGCGAAACAUAGUGCCUGCACUUGAUGGAGCUUGGUACUGGGGCAGAUUUCUUCCCCAGCACCGUACCGGGGGGAACAACCAAAAGCAGCUGGGGAGGGAGAAGGACCAGCGAGAUGUGGGAGAUGCAGCAAAGCAACAGGAGAGAUACAAAGGGUUUGCGAGCCGCGUUCCACGCCCACGACGCAGAAGCAGUACCGCCCAGGUCGAGGAUGGCGUUGCGUGCGGAUCUGCACCAGGUUGGGACAUUCACCCUGGUCGCGACACUGGCUGGAGAAUACUAUGCCUGGCUGCACACUCGGUCUCCCUUUCCCCUGCAAGACAGCAGCACCACAAUGGGAGAAGCUCUGCACGGGAUACUGACGGGGAUGAUGAGAACCGAACCGGCCUUGCCGUACAGCCUAUUGCUGAAAGCGACUGGCUGGCGGCUGGGGACGGGACCGAGGAAAGAAAGCCCACGGGUACAAAGCGUCCUCAAUCAGGCAGAAUGAAGCGUGCCGCUUCACUACACGCUGGUCGUCAGUGCGUUGCUCCUGUCCCGCCGCGACGCGGUGCUGUUCUUCUUCGAAGAAUCUCACGCAGUUGUGCGGUGUUUGCGGCACUGACCUGCACAUCCACGUCUGUGGCAGGCCGGAAGUACAUCUUUUGUCGUUGCGUGUUCUUUCAACUCAAUGCGGUGAUAGGGGCUGCAGAGAGAGGAGAAGAUUUCACACUGAGCAUGAGAAGUACCAACAGAAAGAGGAAGGCUUCGACGACUCAAUAUCCCCAUGUGAAUCACAGCGGGCGCAGGAUUGUCUGCACGCGACGCGAGGACCGUGUGUUGAUGGCCCACUCGACCAGCAGUCCCAUGGGAUUACAGGCGACGUGCACGUCCUCCGACGUGACCAUGCGUUUCAUCGAGGGCGGGUGGUCGCCCGUCGCGACCGAGAAGCUCGAAGCCAUCCGCAGAAUUACCACCGCGGCGUCCCAGGUAGAGCGAGACGAACACGCCACUGACCGUCCGGCCAGCAUGCUCGCUUGUGCACCCGUGCCUUCGAUGAGUUUUGUAGGUUUCAGCCUCACCUUCAUUUGUGCUCCCUCAGAAGAUGCUUGUUUCAAUUGCACCAAUGGUGUUGUAAAGGAGGAUGAGCACCGAACCGGCCUUCGUUACAUCCCCCUCCUCAGCGUGACCGCUUUUCUCUGCCGAGUAUGCAUGCACCUCUGCAAGGCCUUCCUCCAACAGAGCUCACAUUUCACUUCACGGUCCAGCACCAGCACCAGUAAGUCGCUUUCGAGGCAUCUUCGCGUAGACUCCCUGAGGACAGGUGAAGAAGGCAGUCAAGAAGUAAGAGCCGACGAGGAUAGCACCUCCGCGGUCCGGCGAGACGGAACUCAAUAUGCCAUAGCCAUCGCAUAA